AUGUGGUCCACAUUGUCAUACGAAUUUUGGGGAAUGACUAUUGAGGAAGUAUAUGCUUCUGACCCUGGAUACUGCCGCUGGCUAUCAAAUCAAAAAGGUCUCGUUGCACAUGGUAGUGACAUUGCCAAAUUCCUAGCUCAAAAAUUUGACAAUGACGAUGGAUCGUUCCUUAUGACAUGGGGCAAAUACAAGCUUAGGACUAUUAAACAGAUCCGAGCGAUUGAUCCUAACUACCUGGAAUGGUUGAGCAAAAAUGAAUUCGUUCAGACCAAGAUGCCUAAGCUGAAGGCAGAAGUUGACGAGUUGAAAUCUGAAUUUUCCAAUAAAUUCUGA